CAGGGAACGAGGAGGGAGGGGAUAUUUUAAUGGCCGUCAGUAGCUCUACAAAAUGCAAAAAGUCCGGAUUAUGAACUAUAUUUAAAGUAUAGUAGCGACGUAAACGUUUAGACUGCUUUCAUUUCGCUCCAGAUACAUUCAUUUGGACAUAUUCUAUGUAAAGAUGUGUUUCUAGUGCUGUUUUUACUGCGCUGAACGGACUUUACCCGCUUGAUUUGUGCGCGAGUGGGAGAUCAGGCCUAGCCGGCUGGCUAAAAAACAAGCGGACGGUUAGCUACUCGCCGGAGUUGAAAGGGAAUAUGUAACAGAAAGCAACAUGACAUCCAGAUUUGGUAAAACAUACAACCGCAAGGGAGGAGAGGCUAAUUCAAAAUUUGAAGAGGUCUUUUCCAAUAGGAAACCCACUUUGACCACCAAAUGGGGGGAGACCACCUACAAGGCUCAGCUUGGAGCCAAAAGGCCUGUGUUAAAACCUGAUGUUCCUGAAAUGUCUAAGAGACCUAGGCUAGAGGACAGCGACAGUGAAGAAGAUCCAUUUGGGUUUGAUAGUGAUGACGAGUCCAAGACUGAAGUCUCUCAUGGUGAGCCUGAGCCAAACGUCAAUGAAAAGGAUGUGACAAAAACAACACCAGUGGAGGGCAGUGGGCCAGCAUCUGUGGUUACUUCUUCGCAGGGCACCACAAGCUCGACAGCCACAAUGAGCAGUAAGAUUACAUCUGAAGUGAAGAUUUUGAAAAAUAACCAGCCCUGGUACAAAAACACAUCCAAUAGCAACCAGAAACCCACAAAUGUGCCGUCUUUUUCAAACACAGUCCGAUCAGAUGAUCAGAACUCGUUAGGGACGCAGAAGUCCAUCUUCUCCUUGUCUAGAACAGACGGCUCCCUUUACAGUAAACAAUCCUCUGAUGCACCAGGUGGUAGUGGAGACUUCCAGACUGCUUCUUCUUAUGAUGGACUGCCAUCAGAAGAGACUACAAAUACUGAGCUGGAAGCACCUGUAGAUCCCCCACCAGAACCAGUGGACAAUAUUCCCCCAUCCCCAUUUACCCUGAGGGCCUCAAACUGCAAGAAAUACCAGCGGCCUAAUCGGCCCAACAAAAUGUCCUCUGAAUCUGCUGAAAACAACAAUGAUAACAAGCUUCCUGAAACAGCGAGUGUACAAGAUAAAUCAAACAGUGUCCUUUCAGCCAGUUCAAGUAGUACUGCUGCCAAAGCUAGUACUGCAGCCAAGCCUGCAGGCAGGGGUGGUGGGAGGGUACGGGACUACACGGUUUUGCAUCCCUCCUGCCUGUCAGUAUGCAAUGUCACCAUCCAGGACUCAAUGGAACGCAGCAUGGAUGAACUGGUUACUCCAGCUACGCCUGCUGACCAUGGGGAUGCUGGUCAGAUGAAGAAGAAAUCAGACGCUCCUCCGCCUAAACAUAGUCGUUUCAGGCCCACACAGACAAAGACCAAGAAGACUAAGGCUGAGACCAAGCUGGAGUUCUUUGGCUUUGAGGACAAAGAGGAUCAGGAGGGGGAGGAGGGCUCAGAAAGUGGCCUGGCAGGAAAAAGUAGUUACAAGAUCAAGUAUUUUGGGUUUGAUGACCUCAGUGAGAGUGACAGUGAUGAGGAAAGCUCCCAGGCCAAAGAGAAGAAGAAAAAGAAGGCCGCUGCGGCCUUGGCCACACUGAGCUCCAGUGUGGACAGCCCCCACACCAGUGACUCUCAGGACAGCCAGGCCAGCAGUAAUACAGAUGCUUUUGAGUUCUCUGAUGACUCAAGUCCUGGUGGCACAGAGGGACAAAAAGGACGCUCAGGGAAGUCAAGUGAAAAAUCCAAGGAAUUUGGAAGUGGAACCAAAAAGAUCUUCAGUGGACCUAAAAAGUCUCCUGCUAAAGCUGUGUACAAUGCUCGCCACUGGAACCAACCUGAACCAGAGGAGGUACCUGUGCCUCCGCUGUCCCGAUCUCAGACUGCUCCGCCCAUUUCUCCUUCUCCUUCCUCAGGCCAUUUAUCGAGCAGCAGCAAAGACAGCAACUCCCAUAAAGAUGAUGGCUUGUUCAAAGCCCCUCCACCACCGCCCAAAGUGAUUAAGUCAGAGACCAUCCCUACACGACCCAACCAGGACAUUGUCACGGCACUCAAAUGCAGGAAGGAGCACAAAGAGCUGUACACAGUGGUGCAGCAUGUGAAACACUUCAAUGAUGUGGUGGAGUUUGGAGAGAAUCAAGAGUUCACAGAUGACUUUGAGUACCUGGAGACGGGGCUGAAAAGCAGUCAGCCACUCAACACAAGAUGCCUUAGUAUAAUCAGCCUGGCCACACGAUGUGCCAUGCCCAGUUUCAGGAUGCACCUGCGAGCCAGAGGAAAAGUGGCACAGGUCUUCAAAAUCCUCAGUGAUGCUCCACAGCACCCAAACCUUGCACUGUGCACAGCCGCCCUGAUGUACAUUCUGAGCCGGGAUCGUCUUAACAUGGAUCUGGACAGGGCUUGUCUAGAGUUAAUGAUCAAGUUGCUGGAGAUGGACCAGGAUUACUCAGCCCACCAGGAUCAGCUCACUGCAAAGGAAGUGGACAAGGUUAAGGAAAAGAUCAGGAAGCUGUGUGAAACAGUACACAACAGGCACCUUGACUUGGAAAAUAUCACGACGGGUCACCUUGCUAUGGAGACAUUGCUCUCUCUGACUUCUAAGAGAGCUGGGGAUUGGUUCAAAGAAGAACUGAGGCUGCUUGGAGGCCUGGACCACAUUGUGGACAAAGUAAAAGAAUGUGCGCAGAACCUGAGCCAAGAGGACGACAAGGAGAAUCUUGUCGCAUCUUUAUGGGGGGCUGAGAGGUGUUUGAGAGUGCUUGAAAGUGUGACAGUGCAAAACCCAGAGAAUCAGAGUUACUUGAUUGCCUACAAAGAUUCGCAACUCAUCAUCUCUUCUGCCAGAGCUUUGCAUUACUGUGAGGAUAUGAUCCAGCGCUACAGCAGGGCAUUGAACAACAGCUCCUUGUCAUCAUCUGGUGCAGCGCUGCCUCACUGCAGCUUCAGCAACGUGGGCAAGGCAGUAGAGGACUGCAUGAGGGCUGUUAUAGGAGUGCUGCUCAACCUUACCCAUGACAAUGAGUGGGGAAGCACAAAGACAGGUGAACAGGAGCAACUAAUAGUUACAGCUUUGAAUUGUGUCCUCCGAGUUCCACGCUAUAUCCCACAGGAACAGCGCUUUGACGUGCGAGUACUGGGUCUGGGUCUACUAAUUAACCUCGUAGAGUACAGUUCCAGAAACCGACAUUGUUUGGUAGACAUGGAAUACAAUGUGGAAGACACCUGUCUGGAAGACAGCCUGAUGCAACCCGCUGACCCGACACAAUCAGACACCUCGGUGGAGUCAGCAGCACCAGCCACAGCAGAGACUCCAGGAGACGGCGCUGAGAAGCCCAAGCCCUCCGGUGCUUUGGCCGCCCUGGUGAAGCUCUUCCUGGAGAGGGAGCGUGCUGCCAUCCUGGCUGAGGCUAAGACUGAUGACCUCAUCAGUGAGGCUCCAAAGCCGGCACUGGACCAAAGCGGAGAGUGGCAGGAGACGUCCACAGGAGAGAUCCAGUGGGUGGCAGCCGAAACCAAUGACAGCCAAACUGAGAAGAAAGAGAGCGAGAAGAAAGAAGAGGAGGAUGAAGAGUUGGACCUAAAUAAAGCUCUGCAGCAUGCAGGCAAACAUAUGGAAGACAGCAUUGUUGCCUCCUACACAGCUCUGCUGCUGGGUUGCCUCUGCCAGGGCAGCCAGAUAAAUGUGACUACUGUGAGACAGCACCUACCUAAAGGGGACUUCUCCAUCAUGACAGAAAUGCUGAAGAAGUUCUUGAGCUUCAUGAACCUCACUUGUGCAAUGGGCACCACAGGACAGAAGUCCAUCUCUCGAGUAAUCGACUACCUGGAGCACUGUUAACAGACCGCCACACAGCUAACUGGCAUUCAGACUGCACAUUAAAGGAAUCCCAGGCUAUUCUGGUACCCCCUACCUGACAGGAGCCAUGAGGGGUCUUCGGAGUCUCAGCAGCCUUCCCUUGACUUCAUCCGAACACCCAGAGCCAUGAUCCCUCCAAAUUUGUACUGAUCAAGGCGUACACUGAUGUGUAAACACACAACCACAAAUAGAAAUGUUUCACUCCGUCUCUGGAGCACAGCUUGAACCAAAGCCCUGCAAAUGGACAGACAUGCAGAUGCUUCAGUCAGAUCUACUUGGAUAAUCCAGAUUCAUCCUCAGGUAACUGGGAAGUAGGCGGAUAACUAGUUAAGGUUACAUCCCACAAGUAUCUGAAUACUUUGUGGAAUGCUGAAGUCGAAGAUGGACUCCCUGCAGACCUCUUCCAGAAACAUCCCUGACGAAGCUCAAGCCUCCUCCCCACUGCUGAGUGUCUGUUCCUGGUCUCAACCGCAAAGCUCAGCUGCAGUGUCAACCUUUUGAAUCAAAUUUUAUGGAUCAUUACAUUUUAAUCUCUUGAUUAUCCAUGUCGGCACCAUGGUAGAGGUAAUUGAUCAGCAUGAAAAAACAAUAUUUUUCAUGGAUUUCAGAAUGAUGUCUGUGUAAACUUGUGUGGAAUGAUUUGAAUGCAUACAUCCAUUUAAGUACAUGUUUGCAGUUGGCUUGAGAUGAAUGUUAAGGGAAAGAGUAUUUUAAAGCUUUUUUUUUUUUUUUUUUAAAGCUCCUCAUUUUUCCCCUUUAAUGUUGUGAACUGUGCAAGUUAGUAAGCUACAUAACUGUUUUUAGCAAGCUAUUUUGUUUUAAGCUUUUUUUUUUUUUUUUUUUUUUUUUUCAGGGGUUUUACCCCUUUCUCAAACUAUGAAUUGUUUGUUUUUGACCCAACACAUCUUUUCUUGUGUUUCAUUGAUAAUGGCAUUUGGAAAUUAUACCAUGAAGCUUUUCCUUUUUACUCAUUAUCAAUUUGGAUCUUUUUAGUAUUUUUUAGGUAAUUUAAAUCUUGAUAAAAACCUACUGUUACAGCAUAGGUUGGGUUUCUCGAAAGAUGACAAUUGUGCUUCCUUGUAAUAGCAAUGAUGUUGAUUUUUAAUAUGUAUUUAAUUUAAUGAGUUCUCCUUGUUUGUAAAUGCAAAAUCUUUUAUCCGGUGACAUAUGAUUAUCAUUUUAAACAGUUCCCACCUUGUUUUUUUUUCAUCCCAUAUGAGACAGGCCAGAGGCUGGACACGAAUAUGCCACAUCUUUUAUGAUUUUUCAGAUUAAAUCCACAUUUCAUCAGAACCACUGCCGCAUUUAUUAAAGUAAGGAUUUUAAUGUGAUUCUGAGCAGGUGUUUUCUGAUAAUUCUAUAUGUCCAGCUCUCUGUGCUUUUGUCCUCACUCUCACCGCAUUAUGAUGUGUCAACUGUAGAGAAUGUGCAUCCGCCUCCCGUUAAUUUAUUCCAUUGUGGUCAUUUUAACCUGUAUUGAUGCACCUGAACCUUUGAAAUGCCUCUGUCUGUUAAGCAGCAAUGUCUUGUACUGCUCACACGUAUGAUCACUGAUUGAAUGACAGCCAUACCUGUAUUUAUCUGGUUUGUAGGGCUGCAGUGAACAAAACUCUGUUUACUGUCAAUUCCUUUGCAAAAUCUGGUUUGAAUGGAAUUUUAGAUUGUAAAUACUCCUGUACAUAUUGGUUAAUGGACAUUUAAAAUGCUUAGACUACUUUUUUCCCGAAGCUGAUAUUUUUAUUUUAUACAAUAUUUCUGAGUUGUCAUUUUGAAAAAUCGCAGGAAGAGAAAAAAAAAAUUGUUUGUACCCGUUUCAAGGACCUUGUC